AUGGCCGGCAAUAUACCGCAGAUGGCCAUGAACGGUCAAAUGAUGAUGUUGCAACAGCAGGCGCAGCAACAACAAGCCCAGCAACAGCACCAGCAACAACAACAGCAACAGCAUCAACAGCAACAACAACCACAGACGCAAAACAAACAAUUUCAGACUCUAAUCUACAACAACCUGAUGCAGAGCAUGGGGCUCGCGGCUGCCAAUUCGUGGCAAUCUCAAGUUAACAUCGGGGAUCGUUUCGCGAAAACUAUUCUUAGGGUGUCCAAUUCCAUCUUAGCCUUUCCUAACAACGAGUGGCAGAAGAUCUGCAUGACGGCAAUGGAUUUCGAGAAGAAGUUGUACUUACAGUCGCCGGACAAGCAAUCGUACGAGCACGCUAUGGCAGCGAGGAUAGGGGAGAUGGUCAAACGGCGACAGGGACACGCACCAGAUCUUCAAAACCACGUGAACAGCGAUGCUGUGAGGCAAGCUCAAUUGCAGGCUGCGCAACAACAGCGGCAACAACAACAGCAGCAGCAACAGCAGAUGAUGAUGAACCAGAUGGCGGCAAGAGGCUUGGGCCAACCCCAGCAUGGAUUCCAGCCGAUGCAGAACCCGAUGCAGAUCCUACAACAGAGGAUGACGGCGAAUCAAUUGCAAGAAUACGCUACCCAAGGCAAAGACCCUGUUUUUACCUUCUACCAGAAUAGCGCCCUUACACAACUGCGCGCCUCCGCUCAGAGAAAUUUACUGCAACAGCAACAGCAGCAGCAGCAACAACAACAACACCCGCAGCAACAACAGCGGCCAGGGAUGCCGACCAACGCGAUGCCUCCGUCAACGCACCAGGGCCAGAUGAACCCCGCCCUCAUGAAUUUGGGCCGACAGUCGGUAAUGCCUGAUGGCCAAACCUUCGCCCCAAACAUGGACGAUAUCCGCAACGAGCACCAGAUGGGCGUACGUGCGCAGCUAGCCGGGCAAACGGUGGUUCCCGCCAGUACCGCUGCGGGCCGCGGCGUCACGCAGGGUGCAAUGGCUGGCAUGCCCACGGCGGGCAACCAGCAGGGGCCGAAUCAGACACCGCGAGUGCCGCAAGGGCAACCGUUCGGCAUGCAGCCGAAUGUGGACCCUACGGCUGCCCAAGUCCAGGGUCCGAUGGGAGUGCGGGUGGCUUCCCAAAGUCCGGCGAUGAAUACGCUCACCGCGCCCAUGAGACAGCAGCCUUUGAAUAUGGGCCAAGGCAACGUGCAACACGCCGUUAACCAGGGAAACCAGCCCAUGGCGGCCACUCUCAACCCGCAGUUCAACCAUCAGAACAACCCGCGGCCGGUAUCGCUGCAAGGAAACAUGAACGACCCGGCUAUGGCUGUUGGGAUGGGGCCAAACCUCAACACCAACGACGCCAUGAGGAACUUUUAUGCCAAAUUGCAGCAAGACCGCGCGGCCAACAACGGCUUCCAAGGCCCCAAGCCGGGCUUAUUGUCCGGCAUUCCAGGGGCCUCCCAACCUAAUGCGAUGGGCGGCCCGAACCAGGCCGCCGUUCUCGACCCGAACCAGAAAGGCAACGGCGCGAUGCAGUCGAUGGGUCAGCCCGCAGCGAUGCAACAACAUAAGCAACUACCUGCAAACGGGGACCAGCAAUUUUUCGCCUACGCUCAAUCCCCGCAGGGCCGAGCAGCAAUGAACAACAUGGAUGUGCCUCCUCAGAUCCUGGCACAAUUUCGCACCAUGGUACCGGCCGAGACGCGGCGAUGGGCCCAACUUCGACAGUUCCUUCAUGCCAACCCCAACGUCGCCCCCCAACCACUGAUAACUCGGCUGAAUCAGCUACAAAUAAGCCAGUUUAAGCAGACAUGGGAUAGGAGACCGCAGGCGGCGCCGACAGGAACUCCACAGGGCUCGAAUGGCCCUGUUCUUCAGCAACGCAGCUCCCAGCCGCAGGCAUUGCCUCCGGGAUUUUCAUACCCGCCUAACAUUUCGCAGGUAAAAUUCAAGCGGGAUCUCAUGGCUAGGAGAGCUUGGGACCAGUACAACCAAGCUCAGCAACGGGGCAACAUGAGCCUCCCUGGCGGGCCCCAGAAACCAGGCAUCCCGGUGUCUCAAUCUCCAGCGAGCCAACAGGGUGGCGUCACCGCGCCGCCGAAGCCGAGCCCACUGAUGGGAGUCCAGCACCAGGCUGCCCAGCCGAAGCCUGUGACCACUCCGGCAGCGGACGCGCCGCCCGCUGCUGCGAAAGCUGCACGACCGCCGCCCCCGAACCCGUCACCUUCAACGGCAGGGAAGAAUUUGAAGCGGCCACAUCAGGAUGACGUGGAAGACGUGUCGGGCCAGUCGAGCGGUGCUGCACAGCGACCCGCUCCCCAACCGGACGCUCGGCCUGUUCCCUCGGGCUCAAAGCCGACGUUGGAGCAACUUAUGAAGCUUCCGCCAGAGCAACUUGCAAGAAUAAACCCGGAGCAGUUGGCAAAGCUCACGCCAGAGCAACAAAGAGCGAUUGCGAUGCGGAUUCGUCAAGUGCCGCCGGCGCCGCCUGAGACUGUUGCCCGCUUGAAAAACCUUGCUCUCGAGGGCCACCGGCUGGCGCUCGAUGAACUAGGGCUUCAGGAAGCGCAACAGCAAGGCGCUGGGAUAGCAAUGUCACCAGCAGCACUCAAUGAGACUCGCGCCAAGAUUGUCCAGGCCUCUGAGAAGCUCAAACAGAUCCGAGUCGGGAUCGCAAGGUGGUACCAUCAAACCAAAGACGACUCACGGGCUAGAAUGUACUUUAAGAUUCGCUCCAAGGUGGCCAAACAGUUCGCCGACACGGAUCGCAUGUCCCAGCUAUCGGAUUCGUUAACCAUAACUAAGGAGGAGUUGGAUCCGUAUAUCUCCAUGAUGGACAGCAUGCUGCAGGAUAUGGAGGUGUUUAAGAGAUCGGCGGCCCAAGAAGCAGCGGGCGGCGGCGCCCAAGCGGCAACCCAAGUCCCGCCGCAGCCGUCGCCCUUGAGCGCUGCGAACUUGGAGAAACAGACCCAGGCUCUCAAGCAGGCGCAGAACCGGACGGCCGGCAAGACGGCGCAGGCUCCAGCGGCACCAACGACGUCGCAGCCGCCGUUCCAAUUUGGCGCCCAGAAGUCGCCUGCGGGCGCUGGAAACCCAGAAUACUAUGGCGAGCAGCGUGUUACGCGGAACGACUUGGUCAUGCCUGCCCGCAAGAAGGCUAAGACGGCAGCGGCCCAUGCCUCACCGCCGGUGGUCCAGCAACACACGCCCAGCUCAGCAUCGCCCCAGGUUAACGUUCCGUCCCCCGUGGCUGUUAGGAAGCCGGAGCCGCCCAAACUGACUUGUCCGGAGCCUGACUGCGAGAUGAAUUCGGUGGGGUUUUCGACCGAGGAAGCGCGCAAUAUGCAUCUCCAGGAGGAACAUAUCAGGCCAUAUGAGAAUCCGCAAGCCUUUGUGCGGGAGCACAUGGCUGCCGCCUUCGGACUGGAUCCCCAGGGCAACCCCAAGGUGGUGCCGAAAUCGAGCGGCCCGGGUGUCUCGGCUGUCUCGACCCCGGCGGCGGCGCCGAUGAGCCUCAACCCCUCGAAGCAGGGUCAAAAGCCGGGAGCACCACCGAUGUCCCGAGGCGGAUCCAUGCAGCGACAGGGCAGCGCCGCAGGGGCCAAGGCGGGCGAAACCGUCGGCACUCCUGGCAGGAACGCGACGGCCAAACAAGGGGCUGGAACCCCCCAGAUACCAGCCGACGACCCGUGGACGAACUCGACGGUUGACCCACAACACCUCUUCGCGGGCCUUGGCCCCCAGUUGGAUACGGUCAAUGGGACGUUCGUGACAGACUUUAGCAUGUAUCGAUCGCUCACGCCCAACGACACGCCCUCGAGCAAGUACAGCGGGCCGUCGGAAGAGAAUAGCGACAUUACCGAAGGCGCGAUGAUCAACAUCGACCUGCACCUGCAGUCGCUCGACAACGAGAUUGUCUACGGUGUGGACCACUUCGGCAUGGAUAACUGGGCCUCGCCCGACAUGAACCUAUAUACAAACGAGUCGAUGAUGUUUCCGAUGGAGGACAUGCAAACCGACUUUUCGAAGCCGUUCCGAGUCAACCAGGACCUGUAUGCGACCGACAUGAAUUAA